AUGGAUCCUGUGGAGCCUGCUGCGGCGUUGCCAGAAGUGACGCAAGAUGUGCCAGAUGCAGACACACUGAAGGAGGUAGCAGGGCGACUUGUGAGGGACCUUGACUUGCACCAGUGUAGCAUCAAAGAGUGUAGAGCCAAGGUUGCAGUUGCUUGCGGGAUGGAGCCUGAUGGGCUGGAGGCUCGAAAGGAUGAGUUCAGCGCCUUGCUGAAAGAAGUGGUGGAAUCUCUUGAAGCUAAGAAAGCAAGCCAACCGUCCAGCUGUAGUGAAGAGCUUGGUGCUGAGUGCAACAAGCCGAGGAGAGCUUACCUAGUGACGUUGUCUCACACAGACAAGGAAGAGAAUUCAGAUGGACAAAAGUUGGUGGCUCCUGGGACUUACACCCGUGCGCAAGUCAAAGACUUUUUCUUAGGAGCUCUUGCUUCCACCCAAUCAAGCAGAGAGCUGCCUCUGACCUUCACACACAUGGCAGUCUUUCAGGAGCGCCACGCAUCAGGUGAAGUUCAUUACCAUGUGGCAGUGUUAGCCGACAAGUCUUUCCGCUUCGUGGCCUUGAAGCGCCAACUGCUGGCUGCGCAUGGCCUAGCCAGUCAUUGGUCUGGAAAAACAGACGGGUAUGCUGGCUGCAUUGCCUACUGCUACUUGCCUUCGCCCACAAAAGCCGUGGAAGAAUUGGAUCCCGCACCUGAGUUGUGGCCUUCCACUCACCCACCUUUGUCUGAGGCCAGUAGAGGGUAUGUGAGCGCCAAGAAUUUGGAAGUGCAUCGUGAGGAGCAAAGGCGCAAACGUGCAGCCAAAGGCAAGGGAGAGCAGCGUGUCCGGGAAGUGGAUUUGUGGCCCAUCAUUAUCCGGGAAAACAUCCUGCCAGAUGAAGUGUGCGGAGAAAAGUUGAUGUCGUAUGCCAAGCGCAGUGGUGGCCGAGCGUUGGUUGAGUUUUAUUUUGCCAACUGGGACAAGCUUCCUGCCAUUGUUGCCAAGUCAUGGAAGACUGAGAAGGUUGAGGACUUGGUUGCAGCAGCUGCGCAGAGCCGCAUGGACAUCUUGGCAGGAGCUUGCAGUGCUGAGUGCACUUGUGGCGGACAAUGGGCCGACUUUGCUCGAGACAUCCUUUGCCAAAAUGGGCACAAUCCAGUCCAGUGGUGCAAGGCGGUGACGGAUUCGCUUUUAGCAGGACGUUCGAAAGGCAACCUUGUGUGCCACGCAGGGUUUGAAGGUAAUGAAGGCAAAAGCUUUUUGUUUCGCCCCUUGCCCUUGGUCUUUGGUGAAGACAAUGUUUUCGUGACCCCUCCAAAGAGUGCCUUCCCUUUGCUUGGCUUGGAAAAGGCCAGAGUGGUUUGGCUCGAUGACUGGAGGUUUAAUGAGGACAUCGUCUCCUGGGCGGCGCUGGCUUUGUCAUCGCAAGGCCGCAGAAUUUGUUUUCCGGCCGGCCACUUGCGUUACACGAAAGACGACCCUAUUUUCAUUACCACCUUGCAAGCAGAUUUGCAUGCCUUGAAAGGGAAGCUGAAGCAGGGCGAUGUCGACAUGAUGGUGAAGCGGCUGAAAGUGUUUGAAUUCAAGCACAAAGUCAACAUUCCCAGCCAGGUGGCCAAAGGUUGCAAGUCCUGUUUUGCAAAUUUCGUGUUGGAGCUAGGGCAAGCAAGGAGCCACCGCUCUGAGCCUGCGAAAAGGGAGGCUACAUCGUCGGGUGAGACACCUGAGCCCAAGAGAAUGUUGUGUUUGGCCUGGACUGUUGAUGACGUCUGCAGGUACAUCAUACAUCUGGAGUUGGGGCAUGUGAUUGAAGCCUUUCGGGAGAAUGGGGUGGAUGGCCGCAUGCUGGCAUCUUUGUCCGAAGCAGAUUUGAUCUCUGAGCUCGGAUUGAAGCCCUUGCAAGCCCGCAAAGUCAAGGACCGCUUGACUUAG